AUGUCUGUCGGAUUCGGCGAGGCACUCGAGGCCAUCAAGCUAGGCAUCGAGCUAUACCAGAAGGUAAAAGCGAGUCGAGAAGAGGUCAGCAAUAUGGGAAAUCGACUCCGAGAAGUCAAGAUCCAGGUCGAGCUAGCCCAAGAGCUUCUCCCGCGCCAGGACAGAGAAAACGUGCUCCGGACAACGAGCCCCAAGCUCUUCGAUACCAUUCACGACACGGUUCAGGAAAUCAAGAAGAACGCGAAUGUUGCCCAUACCAUUCUCAAGGACUGGAACAAAAUCGGAAGCCGCCUGAAGGGCGCGGUUUGGAUCAAUCCGACCAUGGCAGACUUCUGGUCCGGUGUGCUCAAAGGCAAAGCCGGUGACCUUCGCGACCUCAACGACAAGCUAGUCGCAAAUCAGACGACACUCGAUAGCUGGUUCAUCAAGGUGGCCGCCCUGGGAUUCCUCCAACCGCAGCAGCAGCAGCCACAACCCAACCUAGCCCCGUCCCCAAAACCACGCAGACCCUCUCGGAGCCCUUCACCAGGUCCACGUCCACCCUCGAGCGUCAUCUUCAUCGACUCCUUCAACUCCGGCCGCUCCGUCAUCGGCCAAUCCUACCUCUUCCUCCUCCACCAAUGGACCACCCUCACCAAAAAUCCCUUCAUCCUCACCAAAUGGGACUCGGCCGGCCUCCGCGUCCGCUCCGGCUCCGCCUACAUUAAAGAACUCAGCAACCUCACACCCCCCAUCACGAACCUCACCCCCGGCGAAAGCAAACCCUUCAGCCUCGCCCUCUCCGCCCUCUUCGACAACAAAAUGUUCAACUACCCCUACAAAGCGCCCAUCCGCCAGAACGCCAGCAAUCGCCGCGCCCGCGGCCUUCCCGCGGACCUCUUCUCGGGCUACGACUUCAUCCUCGUCUUCACGCGCGACGAGCGCGACAUUCUCGAGAAGCUGCGCGACUCGGUGGGCGGAGCCUCCAUGGUGACGCGCAAGGCGAAUUCGCGCGCCCGCAUCGUGUUGCUGGGCGAGUAUGGCCACCACGCCAACACGGAGAUCCCGCCGCCCGCCAAGAGCGAUGAUGAGGCCGAGUCGAGAGAAAGUUGGCAGAGGAUCGCGAGAAAGAUCAAGACGUGUAUCAAGGCGUUCUUGACCAAGGAGACUGGGUGGGCGGCGCCGCGGAAAGAGGAUGGGCAUUUGCAGGGGCAGCCGGUGCAAACGUAG